GUUUUCAACAGCGAUUAUAGAACAAAAUACAGAAAGUGGGUUGUCCUUAUAUUUUAUUGUUCGGACAGGCAAAUCCAUCGACAAUUGUCGUCAUCCCGCAGGUUACUAAUUCAAGACUUUCGCCCACAUUAAUCAUGGCUUUUCUUGGCAAGAAACUCAUCAACGAUCCUAAUGAUGUUGUGACUGAGUUCAUUGAAGGUCUGGUGGAAACUUAUCCUGGGUUGCAGUAUUUGGAUGGUUUCCCUGAAGUUAAGGUUGUUUUACGUGCUGAUGUCUCUAGUGCAACAUAUGACAAAGUUGCAGUCAUAUCAGGAGGUGGAAGUGGUCACGAGCCUGCUCAUGCUGGAUUUGUUGGAGAAGGGAUGCUGACAGCAGCAAUCUGUGGGGAUGUUUUUGCCUCUCCUCCCAUUGAUUCAAUUCUUGCUGGCAUACGGGCUGUAACUGGUCCUAUGGGAUGUCUCCUGAUUGUGAAGAAUUACACUGGCGAUCGACUAAAUUUUGGCUUGGCUGCUGAGCAAGCUAAAUCUGAAGGUUACAAAGUGGAGAUGGUAAUUGUUGGUGAUGAUUGUGCUCUACCACCUCCUAGAGGCAUAGCUGGACGAAGAGGUUUAGCUGGGACUAUUCUAGUUCAUAAGGUUGCUGGAGCAGCAGCAGCUUGUGGUCUUUCUCUUGGUGAAGUGUCUGCUGAAGCACAACGUGCAUCAGAAUUGGUUGGCACAAUGGGUGUUGCAUUAUCAGUUUGUACAUUGCCAGGUCAAGUCACGUCAGAUCGUUUAGGUCCAGGAAAGAUUGAGCUUGGUCUUGGAAUAGUAAGGAAUUUACUUAAUGUUCUUCUCUAUUCAAUGGAUGUAAAUCCAUGGGUUAGAUAACAAUCACUCCGUGAC